AUGGAGCGAACCGGCCAACAGUAUGGCCGGGUUGCGUACUGCCCGUACAGUGACUCCAGCUCGUCGGAGUUGCAAUCCUACGUGCGUCCGUUCGACACGGUACGGGCACUGCACGAAACGGUCGUAUCAUUGCGUACGGCUCUCGAGGAGUCGCGCCGCGAAGUGGACCAGCUAAGGCAGCAGAUAAGCGUACGAGAAACGGUCGAGCAAGGUCGAGUUAGUGCCGGUUUCCGAGCCACCGAUCUGUCCGGCGAUCCGCGAAAACAACAAUCAAUUUAUGGUGUAGAACAACCAUCCACAUCGGGGCUUCUUAAGCAGCCAUCAAAUCUGAACGUUAGCCGUGAGUCAUACGAAGACAUCUCAACGACUGCAGUGGAGGAUAAAAAGUCCAAAAAAAUAAAGAAACGAAAAGUUAAGGCUCAGCCACCGCCAAUAAACGACAGCUGUUCAAGUCCGCCGGCAGUGGAGGAAGAUCCCAAACGGGUAGAAGAUCCGGUCCGACCGAAAAAGACACCAGCCAAAGAUGGUAGCUCUGCGGCACACCAGAAAGUGUCCGUAGUACCCGACAUACAGAUAGUUUCACAUCCCGGUGGUGGAACCCAUUCAGCCAUGGCGUCACGAAUAGACGUGAAGAUCAAGGUGUCCUCGAACAUCAACAUGGACGGCAGUAGUUCCGAAGCGGAGAGUUCCGAAUGUCUAAAGGAUUCGCCUACAACGCCCGAUGCCGCUGCAGAUCAAACGCCAGAAGAUGACGAAAAGACGAUUGCUGAACCGGACGAACGUGGCCCGGAUGAUGAUGUGACGGUACGUGAGGAAGUACUGAAGGCAGACGGUGUGGAGAACUUGCGCGUGAGCAUCGUCAAUGAGGAACAGUUGAGUGUGAGCAAAAGUUCGGAUGCCAUCAGCAUCAAGCAGAUUUCGUCGGAGAAUCUGCACGUGGACACGGAUCGUCAAUCGAAUGGCUCCAUCUCGGAGGGAGAUAAUUCGGUGUUUGCAGAAGAUCCUGCUACUGCAAACCAACCGGACGGAGAAACACAAGGAACAGGACCCAUUACGGGUAGCUACACGUUGUCGGACCCAUCCAACGAUCCUCGGCGAAGAAUGAAGAAAAGUGAAUCGGAAAAUCAGGAGGAGGUGGACGAUAUCGAAUUGAUCUUCUCGUCGGACGACAAUGCGAAGGACAUCACACAGGAGGAUCUGGUGUCGAUAUCGGAUUACGAGCCGUGGCACGAGGCUGGCCAGUCGGGCACUCCGGUACUGGUGAGCUUCACCAAUUUGGCUUCCGAUCAAGAGAAGAUGAGCUCGCUCGAGCGCAGUGACAGCGAGGUGAUCGAGGGCUAUGAGCUCGAGAAGGGGAAAAGUCUCGAAAGCCAAGACUCGCUGAGCAUGGACAACAUAAAGAAAAGCAUGGACUUUAGCACAAAGUCGUCCAGCUUGGAGAAGGACACGAGCAUGGAUUAUGGUGCGUCCGGUGGCACUAUAAUCCCCGCACUGUGCCGUGCUUCCAGCAGCCAGGAUGACGAUGGAAAGCAGAACGAUAGUUUCGAUGUCGCUGGUACGAAUACGCUGGCGGCCGCAGGUGCGCUGGGACGUCGCUGGACUAACUACAAUGUGCUGAUUGAGACGGACAUCUCCAAGUGCGGCAUCACGGAGGAGAACAUUUUGGAGAUGGGACGUCGCAACACUUGUCCAAAUCCUCCCGCCUAUCGUCCCAUCAUUCAUCCGGGCAGUCGCAUGCAACCGACCGGUGCGGGCACCAAUCGGAGCCCGCUAGCAGUGAAGUUCUCCCGUUCGCCACGCACCUACUCACCGCACCAGUAUCUGCCACCGGGGAAAACGCUCCGUACCGUGAUAGCGGCUGAAAGUGGCGUACGGGGAGCGACCGGUGACGAGGUUAAGCGCUCCCAGGCAGCACAAACCGAUAUAUCGGCCCUGGCACAGCAAUGGCGCUCCGAAACCCACCUAACCGGCUCCGAGUACGUGCCGGGGCUGUAUACGCUACCGUCGAAGUUUGUUCCACCGACACCCGGUGGAAAAGGUAAAUUCCCACUCAGACCGUCGGACAAGACGCAGGAAGCCCGCCGGGUGCUGCUGAGCGAUAUUAACUUUACCAGCAUGGUGCCGGAGCUGUCCCGAUCGGCCGAUCACCUCUGCCAGCAUCAGCAGGACGAGAAUGGCGACCCGAACCGUUCGCCCAACUACUGCAAGGGAAACCUGCUAAGAACACCGGAAGCCACCAAAGGCAUUCCGCCCAGCUUCAGCAUGACAUCGCCGGGCGUAUCGCAGUGGACGGUAAACGAGAGCAGCAUUGCCACCCAAACCACCCAAACGGAUGCGCUGUGGACGAACCGGGGCGAUUCGUUCGACUCGUCGAAAAGCUACUCGGCCGGGUCGCGCUAUUCUACGCUCAGCAAGCAUCACCGCUCGCGUAGUGUGCCCUCGAUGCGCUGCGCCAUCUGUCGGCAAACGCACCAAAACACUGCACUGAGACCGUCGGAAAGCAUGCACUACACACCGCGCGUCACCUUUCAGGAGCAACCGGUACACAAAAUCCGCGGUUCACUGCCCGACUUACGGCACGACUGCAACUGUCCGCGCCGGUACGGUGGUCCGUCGUUGUACCGGAUCCACGGUGAUUCGGGCGGAUCGACGGACAGCUUGCUGGAGGAGGCGGAAGAAUUUCUUCGCCGGUCGCUCGAGGGUGGCAAUAUGCUGGCGAUGGAGGAUUCGCUCGGACAGCUUGACGUUGGUGUACCGCCACCGGCAACGGCCGGACUGCUGCCGCACAUAACCUUUCACGCCGCACACGCAGUCCAUGCCCAUCCGCCGCUGCAUCAUCCAACCGCAAAACACCGACGGUGCUCGGAAAACGACAUUCAGAGGGACUACAUUCCCUCGAAGCAAGCGCUACCAUUUCUGCCAAAAACGCCCAAAUGUCUCAAGCCGGGCCAUCUGGCGAAGGUCAUCUCACCGAACGGGCGCGUCAUAGUCGGCCGGGUACGGUACAUUGGUCCCGUAGCCGGUACCGACACCGACGAUACCUACGUUGGGUUGCAGUUGCCGAACAAUUUGGGCGAUUGUGACGGUACCAUCGAUGGGAAGCGAUUUUUCGAGUGUGAACCCCUGCACGGUAUCUUCGUGCCGUUCAAGAAGGUCGUCAUGGCCUGGAACUCAUAA